AGGCCUAUCUUUAGUAGUCAAUGGCAUCAGCAGUGCCUCUCGAUACAGGCAACAAGCCUGCUACUUCCACUACGGACUCUCCUCCAACCACACCAGAAGAAGUCAUGGAGAAUUCCGUCGUGGCCCAGGAGAGAACGCCGACCGCCGCCGCUGCUGCUACUGCUGCCACUCUAGCAGUUCAGAUCGACCCUAAUUUUGAUGCAGUAGAAUUUUUCAAGGAGGAAUUGCAGAAUGAAGACUCCUGUGAAAGGGCUAAGUGCGCCAGAAGGGUGCAUCUUAUAGCGAGUCAUAUCGGACCUCAGAAGACCGUAUCGAUGUUGAUACCACUAAUAAUGGAUGCUAUACAGGCUAAAGGGAUAUGCUAUGAUGAUGACGAGGUCCUAUAUGCCUUGGCCCUGAGUAUGCCCAACCUUAUAAGCCACGUGGACGGCCAUUAUGAGGCUCUCGUUCCUCCACUGGAGUGCCUUGCCAGACAGGACGAGACUGUCAUCAGGAAUGCUGCGGUUGCUGGCCUCGUGAAAAUUGCUGAGAACAGCGAGAGUAUAUGUCAACAAUACUGCUUCCCAGCACUAGUCAGGUUAGCAGCGGGUGAAUGGUUCACAGCAAAAGUCAGUGUAUGCAGUCUGGCUCCUGGCCUAUACUGUCACUGCUCUGAUCCGCAGAAGGCUGAGAUUAGACGGCUAUUCGCUGUCCUUGUCAAUGAUGAUACGCCUAUGGUACGGAGGGCUGCAGCACAACAGACUAGGUACUUAUUUCAAGUGGUUGACAAGGCGGCUAUCAUAGCAGAGCUAUUGGGAAUUCAUCGGGCACAGGCUACUGAUGAUGUACAAGAUUCUAUACGGGAGGCCUGCGUGCACUCUACUAUGGUGCUGGCGGAGAAGUUUACUGAGGACGAAAAUAGGCAAUAUCUAGUAUGGGCAUUGACAUCGUUCUUCACCGACCGUUCAUGGAGGGUUAGGCUGCUAGUAGCCAAGUACUUUGACAGGCUUUGUCGGGCUUUGGGGUCGGAAUUGACAACAUCGGAGUUGUUGCAACCCUUCACUGGUUUGCUCAGUGAUCCCGAACAGGACAUCCGCAUCGCGGCUGUCGAGGCGGUGAAGAAAUGCGUCUCGGUUUUAACGGUGGAUCAGCUCGAAACGUUUAUCGUGCCACAGUUUUCCAAGUUGGCUUUGGACCAAUCUCAGCCGGUGAGAGCGGCUCUUGCGAAUAUUAUCGGCGAUGUUGCUGAGGUGCUCGGUAGGCAAGAAGAUACACAGAAAUCCCUAUUGAACUUAAUAUUGGACCUCAUGAAAGAUGAGCAUCACACUGUGAGGCUGAACAUGGUCUCGCAAGCGGCUACUAUAUGCGGGGUGCUGGGUCUGGACACUAUGGUGGGCUCUGUCCUGGGUACGGUGCAAUCGCUUAUUAUGGAUAAUCAAUGGAGAAUACGACUGGCUGUUAUUGAACAGAUGCCUAAGUUAGCUCAGUUGUUCGGGCCAGAGUUAUUUCAACAGAAGUUAGAGAAGCUCUUUCUUAGCAGCCUCAACGACAGUGUAUAUAGUGUUAGAGAGGCUGUUAUUGCCAAUAUACAGCCGAUAUCCGAGGUCUUUGGUUCGGUGUGGACUGAGGAACACCUUUUGCCCAAGAUCGUUGAUCAAUAUAAGCAAGUUCACGGACAAGGAUAUAGCGGGCGACUGACUACCCUACAAGCAUUGCCUCGGUUGACCUAUGUGAUGAGCUCAGAGCAAGUCGAGAAGCAUAUCAUACCGGUGUUGGUUGAGGCUACUAAGGAUCCAGUACCUAAUGUUAGGUUCGCGGCUUGCGAGUGUUUGAUAUGGAUGCUGGAGAAUCAUAAACUGGAGAACCCUAUGAUGGUUACACAAUCUUUGGAGCCUACUGUGAAGGACGUUUUGUUGAAAGAGCAGGAUGCUGAUGUGAAGUAUAUUGCCCAAAAGGCUCUAGAUGUCUGCAUAAAGGUGACGUAGUGACUAUGAUAUUACGAGUGGCAUGAUAGAGGAAUCGUAUAUAUGGCUACUGCUCUCUCUGUUUCUGACGUCUCUACUACUACUCGAUAUAAGCGGCACCAUGACCGACGGCCAGACUGUAUAUAUAAUUUUCACAAUUAUUAAAGUCGCGAGUAGAAAGGAUGUGUCAUGAGCUGCAAGCAGGGCUGCCGUACGUCACUCGAUGCCGGCUUAUUAAGCGU